GGUCAACACAAACCAGGGGACAGAGACACGAGAAAGAAGAAGAUAGUAGGUAGAAGAAAACGAGAGGCAAGGGUCAGGCAUAAUAUGCUCUCUCACUAGCCUAAGAAUUUGUAGAAGCGAAAACCAUGGAUUAGGGUUUUUCAGUUUCCUCUUUCAAUCGAUUAACCCACAGAACAAAGUAUCUCUUACCUUCGGGUUUAGAUAUUCUCUUCGUCUCCGUCUAUAUAUCAUUUCUCAAAGUCGACUUACGAAUUUGACUCAGGAGAUAUUUCGUUUGUGAUUUUGUUAAGGCUAGCUUCAAUUCUAUUCAGAUUAAUCAAUGGAUUCUCAGAUGCUCGUGGCGCUUGGACUAUCCCUUGUUGGGGGAUUAAGUACCUCUUUAGGUGCGCUUUUUGUAGUUCUUAGUGAGACUCCCAAUAUGAAGAUGCUUGGACUUCUACAGGUGACGAUGCUACGUCUAGUUUUCCAAUAUUGGUCAAUUUCUGGUACAACAGGGUUCCCGUAAUUGUAGUCUUGUAGAAGCCAUUGGUGGAGUUUCAUUGCUACAUUCUCUUUUUAAUAUUGCAUCAUUGCUAUAUUCUCUUGUCGUCAUGUUUUGUAGGGUGCUAGUGACGAGAAUUUGUGUUCUUGUACCAACAUUCUUUUGGUUUUGCUUCAGGUCUGAUGUUGAGCAUAUCGUUCUUGGAUUUGGCUCAUAAUGCUAUAAACUCUAUUGGGUUCUUUAAAGCCAACCUCUGGUUUUUCGGUGGUGUGAUAUUCUUUGCGUGUAUUACCAAAUUCAUACCCGAACCAACACUUGGUCCUUCUACUGACGGCAAAAGAAGAAAGAAAAAUGGAGACGAGGGAGGUAAAGACAUGAUGAAGAAGCAUCGCAAGCAAGUCUUAUAUAGUGGACUUAUAACAGCUAUAGGCAUAAGCUUGCACAAUUUUCCAGAAGGGAUGGCUGUAUUUCUCGGAUCAAUAAAGGGCAUGCGAGUUGGUGUUAAUCUGGCUUUGGCCAUCGCUUUACACAACAUUCCCGAGGGUGUUGCAGUUGCACUUCCUAUUUAUUUUGCAACAGAGAGCAAAUGGCAGGCAUUUAAGUUGGCAACACUCUCUGGUUUAGCUGAGCCUCUAGGUGUAAUUAUCGUGGCCUAUCUAUUCCCGAGAAGCUUAAGUCCAGAAAUCCUUGAAGGUUUGUUGGGAGCAGUUGGUGGAAUCAUGGCUUUCCUAACAUUGCACGAAAUGCUUCCUUUGGCAUUUGAUUAUGCGGGACAGAAACAAGCUGUGAAAGCUGUGUUUUUUGGCAUGGCAUGUAUGUCUGCGAGUCUUUACUUUCUGGAGCUGAGUUUGCCUGAGACAAUGAGCUUGUAAGUUUAAUGAUGUCAUGUGCAAUAAUUGCCUCCCCCAAAGAGAUAAAUCAGUCUCUGGAGUGAAGUAGUCUCUUUGUAUCUGUAAAGACUGAAAUCUGUAAACAAUCUGACUAUUCAUUUUAAUUCAAAAGGAAUAAUCUCUUUAGUAAACUAGAGUUUUCACAUAAUUUAUAACAAAUGUCACUCUAAAUCUAUAUUUUUUUCAAAUAAUAAUAUUGGGCAAAU